AAGCUUCGGAGAACCGCCACCAGCGCUUGCCAUGCUCAGAUCGCUUUGCGAGCUCUUCUGACUGUCUUUGCUGUACGAGCGACCACUGCAACGAGAUAACCAAAGAAUAAAAGAUUUUUGAGUCACAUUUUCGAUACAAACACACUCCGUUGGUCUACUCGUUGUAAAAACCACUAAAGUUGAGUGCUUUGGCACAGACACUUAUGUGCAAAAUAUCAGCUGUAAAUUGAAACCGGUGAACCGUGAUAAAUCUACGCUGCAUAUGGACACGGACGUGGUUAACUCACUGAAAAAUCUAACUAUUCACUCGCAAUUAUUCAAAAAGAAUGACGCUAAUCAGUUCCAGCCCUUCAUUGUCAACGUCAAGGGUAAUCUAUGCGCCAUUAUGGAUAACAAAAUAAGCUCACAUUACAUAUCAAUCAUUAAAAGAAUUCUAAAAUCGAACACUAAUGUAAUUCAUAAAUGUCCCUACGUGGGUCACUUAAAGGCGAGCGACUUGUAUUUUGAUUCGAAAUUCCUUCCAGUCAUCCCACCCACGGGCAUAUACAAAGUGAUCUCAAUUUUUAAUGACGGCAAGUCAGGCGAUUUUGUCGGAAAGGUUAUUUUCCAAGCAGAAGUUCGAGAAGCGCAGGCUAAGAGGGUUUAAUUACCGAUUCUUGAAUGUUACAGCUGAUAUUUUACGUAUUAGCAAUAUAUGCACCGAAUAAAGAAUUAUAAUUAUGC